AUGAGCUCUCCGCCUGCGCCCGAGUAUGACGACAUCCAGAUGGAGGACGGAGCGGAGGAGGGGCAAACCAUGCCUGAUGCGCCUCCCCUCUUCCUUGCUGGCAGUCCUUCAGUCAGCGGCUCACCCAUGCGCCCAAAUUGGGGAUCAGAUGACCCCCAAGCCACCCCGAUGCAAGGAUUGAUGGCUAGACGGGCAGUGGGCCUCAGCACACCAAAGAGAACGCCGCCUGGCGAUUCAUCCCCACUAGCCUUUCCCAGUUCUUCCCCGGCCAAAAACCCUGUCCGACGGUCGAACUUGAACUCAGAUGCGAUCUUUGACUCGGACCCAUUGGAUUUCCCAUCGAGCCCCGCUAAGCGCGUCACUGCCCAGCCUGGCACACCGCGCAACAGACGAGGCGACAUCCACUCUUCUUUCAACGAGACUCCCGCCUCUUCAGCGAGGCACGAACGGGGAGAGGCGCCAGCCUCCCGCCCUCCGUCGUCUGCCAUCGGAGGACCACCAUCCCUUUCCAUCCAGCACGCGACGACCGACGAACCCGCCGAAAUUCGCGCUAUUUGGGGAACCACGGUGAACCUGACCGAAACGAUGAAACUGUUUCGCGAGUUUCUUGAGGGAUUUAAGCCCAAGUAUCGCCGAGUUUAUUCGCAGGCUCUCGGCCUUCCAACACAGCCGUUUUCGAAACCGGGAGAUGGAGAGGUUCUUCUGUAUGAAGAGUACUUGCGGCAGAUGCGCAAGACGGGCGAGACGAAUCUCAAUUUAGAUGCCGUCAACUUGCUUGCUUAUCCCAAUUCGAAGCGACUGCAUAACCUGUUGGUCAAGUAUCCUCAAGAAGUCAUUCCUGUGAUGGAUCAAGUCCUCAAGGAUACAAUCUUGGAUGUCGCAUAUCGGGAUCAAGCCGACGGGUUCGAAGACAUGGAGGGCGAUCAGGGCGAAACGGAGAUUGGGGAUCUCAUGAACCGUGUGUUCAAGGUUCGGCCUUAUGGCUUGGAUUCUGUCAACAUGCGAGAACUCAACCCGACUGAUACGGACAAGCUGGUCGCCAUCAACGGGCUUGUUAUCCGCACGACGCCCAUCAUUCCCGACAUGAAGACCGCGUUCUUCCGUUGCCUCAACUGUUCGCACACGACUCAGGUCGAGAUUGACCGUGGCAAGAUUGCGGAACCGAGCGUCUGUCCGCGAGACGUCUGUGCCUCACCGGGAACGCUUUCGCUAAUCCACAACCGAUGUACAUUCGCGGACAGACAAGUGAUUCGACUGCAAGAGACGCCGGAUGUCGUGCCUGAUGGCCAGACGCCGCACACGGUCAGUUUGAGUGUCUACGACGAGCUGGUCGACAUCGCCAAGCCUGGUGACCGAAUGGUCGUGACUGGGAUCUUCCGCAGCAUUCCCAUGCGGGUGAAUCCGCGGCAGCGGAAGCUCAAGAGUCUGUUCAAGACAUACCUGGAUGUCGUUCACGUGCGGCUCAUCGGAGGCGCCGAUGGCCGCGAAGGUGUAGUCGCUCUCGAUCCCACGACACGGGGGAGUGCCGAUCGUAUGCCUGGAAUCGGGGGUGUUGGUGAUCUGGAGGGCCAGCGUGACGAACAAGGUGUCUUGAAUACAGAAUUGGAGAACAGAAUCCGUCAGCUCAGUCAGAGGCCCGACGUCUACGAUUUGUUGUCCCGCUCGCUUGCUCCGAGUAUUUGGGAAAUGGACGACGUGAAGAAGGGCAUUCUGCUCCAACUCUUUGGAGGUACCAACAAGAGUAUUGAGCGUGGCGGAGGAGCUGGUGGACCUCGAUAUCGUGGUGACAUCAAUGUCCUGUUGGUCGGUGACCCUGGAACGAGUAAAUCCCAGAUUCUUCAGUAUGUGCACAAAAUUGCCCCCCGGGGAGUCUACACGUCUGGCAAAGGCUCCUCCGCCGUGGGUCUCACAGCGUAUGUGACGCGCGAUCCCGACUCAAAACAACUAGUGCUGGAGAGUGGUGCUCUCGUCCUCAGCGACGGCGGUGUUUGUUGUAUUGACGAAUUUGACAAAAUGUCCGAUGCGACGCGUAGCGUCCUUCACGAAGUGAUGGAGCAACAGACUGUCUCGAUCGCUAAAGCCGGGAUCAUCACCACUCUCAACGCCCGGACGUCGAUUCUCGCCGCCGCCAAUCCUGUCGGGUCCAAGUAUGACGUUGACCUGCCCAUCACGAGGAACAUUGACCUGCCUCCGACGCUCAUAUCGCGUUUCGACCUGUUGUAUCUCGUGCUCGACCAAGUAGACGAGAACCUGGACCGGAAACUGGCGCAGCAUCUAGUGGGGUUGUAUCUUGAAGACACUCCCAACCGGAGGGAGGCCGAUGAGCUCUUGGCGCUACCUGAACUCUCUGGUUACAUCUCAUAUGCACGAUCUCGUGUGCAUCCUGUGAUCACGGAAGCGGCUGGCGACGAGCUUGUUCGCUCAUACGUCGAGAUGCGGAACAUGGGUUCCGAUGCAGGGUCGUCCGAGAAGCGAAUCACAGCGACUACGCGGCAGCUGGAGAGUCUGAUUCGGUUAUCAGAGGGCCAUGCGCGUAUGCGCCUGAGCGAGUUUGUCGAGCUGCGCGAUGUUCGCGAGGCCGGGCGGUUGAUGCGAGAGGCCAUUAGGACGAGUGCGAUGGAUCCGAGGACCGGGAAGAUCGACAUGGGCCUGCUGAACACUGGCACGGGCGCUGGCCAGCGCAGGCAGCGUGAAGAUAUGAGAAGGGGCAUUUUGAGCAUACUGGAUUCCACAGCCGGUGCCAAGACGCGUGGUGUGAGAUGGGCCGAUGCGAUGCAGUCUCUGGGCGAUCAGAGCAGCGUCCGGAUUGAUAUUGCCGAGUUUACGGAGGUGAUCAAGGCAUUGGAGAACGAAGGAAUCGUCAAGGUCCUCGGGGAGAGGGAUCGCAGAACUAUUCGUAAGAUGGACAGUUGAUCUGAUAGUCUAGGGCCUGUGUGUACUAUUUUGUUUGUAUUAUCGUUGUUACCUGCUGCCAUGAUUCAUGACUUGUCGAGUAAGA